CCCCUUUGUCCCUCCCGGGCUGGUCCCCGCCGGCGCUCCCGCGUCCCGCUCUGCAGCCCCGCCGCGCCGCCUCCCGCUCCGCACGUGUAGCUUCCAAAAACGCCUUCCCUUCAGGCUGAGAUGGGAUCUGUCUGGUGGCUGCUUCUCUGCAUCCCCAUGCUGUCACCCACAUUUGCUGGGGGUGUGAUCCGAGUUUAUUACCUGGGGAUCCACGAGGUGGACUGGAACUAUGCUCCAACGGGGAGGAAUGUGCUCGCUAACCAGAGUAUUGCACGUAACCGCCAGGCCUCAGCAUUCCUGCAGUCUGGGAAAGACAGGGUGGGAAGCACCUACAAGAAAUCUGUCUAUAAGCAAUACACGGACUCCACAUACACCACUGAGAUCCCCAAACCUGUCUGGCUGGGGUUCCUCGGGCCUGUCAUCCGAGCAGAAGUGGGGGAUACCAUUCAAGUACACCUAAAAAAUUUUGCUACUCGACCAUAUACAAUCCAUCCUCAUGGUGUUUUCUACAAAAAGGACUCUGAAGGAUCCCUGUAUCCUGAUAUGUCCCCCCAGGAUCAGAAGAAGGAUGAUGCUGUUUUCCCAGGAAAGAAUUACACCUAUACUUGGACUGUCCCUGAAGAUCACAGUCCAACUGAUGAUGACCCAAACUGCUUGACCUGGAUCUACCACUCUCAUAUUGAUGCACCAAGGGACAUUGCAUCUGGGUUAAUUGGGCCUUUACUUACAUGUAAGACAGGAACACUGACUGGUAGCUCUCAAAGACGCUGGGAUGUGGAUGUUGAUUUUUUUCUGAUGUUCAGUGUGGUGGAUGAGAACCUAAGCUGGUACCUGGAUGAGAACAUUGCAUCAUUCUGCACAGAUCCUGGCUCUGUGGACAAAGAAGAUGAAGAAUUCCAGGAAAGCAACAAAAUGCACGCUAUUAAUGGUUAUGUGUUUGGCAACCUCCCUGAGCUGAAGAUGUGUGCUGGGGAUUCUGUUUCAUGGUACCUCUUCGGGAUGGGCAAUGAAAUUGAUGUUCACACAGCCUACUUCCAUGGAGAGACACUCAAAAUCCGGGGCCACAGGACAGACGUGGCCAGCCUAUUCCCAGCCACUUUUGUUACAGCAGAUAUGAUCCCCAGGAACCCUGGGAGAUGGCUGUUGAGCUGCCAGGUCAAUGAUCACAUACAAGCUGGGAUGGGGGCACUCUAUGAAGUCCGGCCCUGCUCUCGGCAAGCUGCAGCACCCAGCCUGGAAGGGAGAGUUCGGAAAUACUUCAUAGCUGCCAAGGAGGUGCAGUGGGACUACGGACCCUCGGCGCUCGACCGGCUCAGUGGGAAACAGCUCACUGACACUGGCAGUCCUGCUGAGCAGUAUUUCAAGCGUAGCCUCUACCGCAUUGGGGGUGUCUAUUGGAAGGCAAAGUAUGUGGAAUAUACUGAUGAGAGCUUUCGUGAGGAAAAGCAGCAAUCAGAAGAAGAGAAACACCUUGGAAUACUUGGUCCAGUGAUCAAAGCUGAAGUCGGAGACACCAUCCUGGUGACAUUUUUUAACAAAGCCUCCUGGCCCUUCAGCAUCCAGCCACAUGGAGUGUCCUAUGGGAAGGCAUCAGAAGGGAUGUGGUACCAUGAUGGCCUGUCCCAGAGUGGGGUUUCUGUGGCACCACUGCACAACUUCACGUACCGCUGGACUGUGCCAAGGCACGUGGGGCCCACGUCCAGCGACCCUCCCUGCCUCACCUGGCUGUACAGCUCGGCUGCAAAUCCUGUCAAAGACUCCAGCUCAGGCUUAGUGGGGCCUCUGCUCAUCUGCAAGUCAGGCACUUUGGAUGACAACAACAAGCAGAAAGGGAUCGACAAAGAAUUUUAUCUUCUCUUCAACGUGUUUGAUGAGAACCUCAGCUGGUAUUUGAAUGCCAACAUAAAGUACUACUUGAGGAUGGAAGAGACAUCUGUGAAAAAGGAUGAUGGUUUUGAGGAAUCCAACAGGAUGCAUGCCAUCAAUGGACUUAUGUUUGGUAACUUGCCUGGACUGGACGUGUGUGAAGGAGACAAAGUGUCCUGGCACCUCCUGGGCUUGGGCAGCGAAGCAGAUGUACACAGAGCUGUGUUUCAGGGAAACACCAUGCAGAUGAACGGGAUGCGGAGGGAUUCAGCCAGUCUGUUCCCCCACACGUUUGCCACUGCUUUCAUGCAGCCUGAUAACAGUGGGACUUUUGAGAUCUACUGCCAGACGAGCAAUCACUACCAGUCUGGGAUGAGGCAACAGUACAACGUUUCCAAGUGUGGAAGGACGGGCAGUGCCUCUGCCCAUCGCUACAGGGGAGUGCGGAUGUUCUACAUCGCGGCGGAGGAGGUGCUGUGGGACUACGCACCCGACCGCAGCUGGGAGAGGGAGCGGCACAACCACUCUGCAGAGAGCUAUGCUGACGUGUUUCUGAGCAAUGAGGAUGGACUGCUCGGCUCCAGGUACAAGAAAGCAGUUUACAGGGAGUACACGGAUGGCACUUUCCAAACCCCCAAGGCCAGGAUAAGUGGUGACGAGCACCUAGGGAUACUGGGCCCUUUUCUGUGGGCGGAAGUGGGUGAUAUUCUCAACAUCGUGUUCAAGAACAACGCCUCGCGACCCUACUCCGUCCAUGCACACGGGGUGCUGGAGCAGCAGGCUGGACAGCCCCAGGUGGCAAACCCUGGUGACAUUGUGACAUACCGGUGGGAAGUUCCUGAGAGAUCUGGUCCAGGGCCAAAUGAUUCAGCCUGUGUUCCUUGGAUCUACUACUCUGCAGUGGACCCAGUAAAGGAUAUGUACAGUGGGCUGAUCGGGCCCCUGAAGGUCUGCCAGAGAGGAGCCCUGCAGUCCAGUGGGACCAGGAAGGAUGUAAAGAGGGAGUUUGCUCUGCUCUUCCUGGUUUUUGAUGAAAAUCAGUCCUGGUACUUGGAGGAGAAUGUGGAACGUUUCAGUAAGGGAAAUCACAAGGAGAUCAACCUGCUGGAUGAGAAAUUUGUGGAAAGCAACAAAAUGCACGCAAUCAAUGGCAGGCUCUAUGCCACCUUGCCUGGGCUGACCAUGUACCAGGGAGAGAGGGUGAACUGGUAUCUGCUGGGAAUGGGUCACGAGGUUGAUGUCCACACGGUCCAUUUCCAUGCUGAGACCUUCAUAUACAAGAAUGGCAAAAGCUACAGAGCAGAUGUUGUGGAUUUGUUCCCUGGGACCUUUGAAAUGGUGGAGAUGCUGGUUGGGAACCCGGGGACAUGGCUGCUUCACUGUCAUGUGUCUGACCAUAUCCAUGCUGGGAUGGAGAUCCUCUUCACUGUCCUGCCUAGAGGAGAGUCAGAGCUGGAAGACUUGACUGCCACCCCAGGGUUGCUGCUUGAGGGUGAGGAUGAGUCCCAGAAGGUGAUACUUUUUGGAUCUAAGGUGACCCAAGAGCAGAUAGAGGCCACAGUCAUCUCUCUGGCUGUUGUAGGAGUCCUGCUGCUCCUGGCUGCUGGUGUCUUCCUGGGAGCAGUCAUCCAUCUCGAGAGGCAAAGGAGGUUACGACGCAAUCGGAGAUCCAUCCUGGAUGACGGAUUCAAACUCGUGUCUCAAAAGAAUUCUGGUCUCUGAAAGCCAUGUACAAACAUUGGGCUGUGUGCUUGGAGCAGGGGCUGGAUCCUUGUCCACAGCAAAGAUUUUGGGGCAUCAUUUCAACUGUGCACUGUACUUCUAGAAGCUGAGGAGGGAAAAGCUGGAGCACUGACCUCUUCAUAUAUUCUCCUCAGCCCUCUGUAAAGAAAAUCCAGGAGAGAUCCAAGGACCCUAUGAACUGACUAAAGACAAAUAAUGAUUAAAAAAGGUCCUUCUGGAAUACUCUCCUUCCCCAGGGAAGAGAGGGGACAUUUUCUUCUGUCCAGAACAGCUCCAAUUGGUCUUUCCUAGCAGAAUAGCUUAGGCCAGAUUCCAGUCUUGCUCCAUUGCCAGAACCGAGUUGGGAACUGUCUCCCAAGAAACUGUGAACCAUUAAUGUAAUUAAUUUGAAGGAGAGAAAAAUAAUAUUUUCAGUUUUGUCAAUCAAUGAAGAAUACAGAAAAAAGAUGGUUAAUUUAGAGUUGGAUUGCUGUUUUUGAUGAG